GAGAAGUGGUCCAGCCCAACUGUUUAAUGGGCGGACUGUACUCUCUUGUUCUUUGAACGAAACUCGCUUCUCUCUCAUCUCUCUCUCUCUCUCUCUCUCUAGAACAAUAGACGGCACAUACGCCGUCGCGAGUCUCUCUCUCUCUCUCUCUCUUCCCCCGCCUCCCCCGCGUUCCUCCUUGUAAUCAACCACAAAACCCCUCUCCUCUCUAUACUGUCUCUGUCUCUCUCAGGGCUCCCUUUUCUGGUCCCUUCUACAGUUCUGCACACUCACUUCUGCUCCAGCCACGUCCCCCUCUCCACCCCCGUUCUCUCUCUCUCUCUCUCUCUCUCUCUCUCUCUCUAUAUAUAUAUAUAUAUAUAUAUAUAUAUAUAUAUAUAUAUAUAUAUAUCAAAAAAUCUUUUUUCCUGUAUCCCGAUUGUUUUCUCCAAUGGCGACAAUCAAUCUACCGACGGGAAUGCCCGCCUUGAAAUCCGACGCCACCAGGCUCCCCGAUCGAUUCUCAUCGUCGGCUAAGUUCCCCACCGAGUUAUUCGCCGCGUCGAGAAGCCGGAACAGAUGCAUGCGCAACGGAAUCCUGUCUGUUCGAUCGAUGAAGAUCGCCGAGCAGAGCCAAGGAGCUGCUGACCUCUCGUCCCCCAACGGUCCUCUUGUUGCUUCUGACAAGCCAAAUUCUCCCUUUGAGCCUCAGCCGGGUGACACUGCGGGGCAGGUAAGGACAACCUUGAAUUCUGUAAGGAAAACAAAGAUUGUCUGUACAAUAGGCCCCUCCACAAGCUCAAGGGAGAUGAUAUGGAAGCUAGCAGAAGCUGGAAUGAAUGUGGCACGUUUAAAUAUGUCCCAUGGGGACCAUGCAUCACACCAGAAGACCAUUGAUCUGGUUAAGGAGUACAAUGCUCAAUUUGAAGACAAGGUAGUGGCCAUCAUGUUGGACACCAAGGGUCCUGAGGUCAGAAGCGGAGAUGUACCUCAACCAAUCCUGCUCAAGGAGGGGCAAGAGUUCAAUUUCACUAUUAAAAGGGGUGUCAGCACAGAUAACACUGUUAGUGUAAACUAUGAUGACUUUGUAAAUGAUGUAGCUGUUGGGGACAUACUACUGGUUGAUGGUGGGAUGAUGUCAUUUUCUGUGAAAUCAAAAACAAAUGAUACGGUUAAAUGUGAAGUUAUUGAUGGCGGUGAACUAAAAUCCAGGCGACAUUUAAAUGUGCGUGGCAAAAGUGCUACUCUGCCUUCAAUAACAGACAAGGACUGGGAAGAUAUAAAGUUUGGGGUGGAUAACGAAGUUGAUUUCUAUGCUGUUUCUUUUGUGAAGGAUGCCCAAGUGGUUCAUGAGUUGAAAGAUUAUCUCAGAAGGAGCAAUGCAGAUAUUCAUGUGAUUGUAAAAAUAGAAAGUGCAGACUCUAUACCAAAUCUUCAUUCCAUAAUUUCAGCUUCUGAUGGGGCAAUGGUUGCUCGUGGAGAUUUAGGAGCUGAACUUCCAAUUGAGGAGGUCCCUUUAUUGCAGGAAGACAUCAUUAGAAGGUGUCACAGCAUGCAGAAACCAGUUAUUGUAGCAACAAAUAUGCUGGAAAGCAUGAUUGAUCAUCCAACACCAACAAGGGCAGAAGUUUCUGACAUUGCAAUUGCAGUACGAGAAGGUGCUGAUGCAGUUAUGCUUUCAGGAGAAACUGCCCACGGAAAGUACCCACUGAAAGCGGUCAAAGUAAUGCAUACGGUGGCGUUGCGGACUGAGACAAGUCUGCCAAUUGGUACUAAUCCUCCAGGUCAAUCUAUGGCAUAUAAGAGUCAUAUGAGUGGAAUUUUUGCUUUUCAUGCCACCACAAUGGCAAACACCCUUGCAACUCCCAUCAUAGUCUUCACGAGAACGGGUUCCAUGGCUAUACUCCUCAGCCAUUAUCGGCCUUCCUCGACAAUCUUUGCCUUCACGAAUGUAGAAAGGAUUAAGCAGAGGCUGGCUCUUUAUCGUGGUGUGAUGCCCAUAUACAUGCAGUUUUCAGACGAUGCGGAGGAGACCUUUUCUCGAGCUCUAAAACUUCUACGGAGUAAAAGUCUGCUGAAGGAGGAUGAGUAUGUCACUCUCGUCCAGAGUGGGGCCCAACCUAUCUGGCGCCGGGAAUCUACUCAUCAUAUUCAAGUCCGUAAGGUUCCAAGCUGAUUGGCCUACCUGUGUUUAGAGAAUGUGUUAUACAGUCCCAUUCAAUUUAUAGCAAAAUUAUAGGAUGUAGUCGUAUUUUGAUAAAUUAAGUAAAAGGGUAUGUUAAAAUUAUCGGUUAUAGUAGCUCGGGUGUGCCGUAAAAUUUGCAACCAACUGUUUGCGUAUGUUUGACGCCUGAAGUACUUAAUCUCUUCCUGUCAAUGCCAUCGCUUUUGUCUUGGUAUUGUCCCAA